CGAAUUGAUCACGUGACUCGAUUUGACGCUUGAAGCUAGCGUCUAGGUCUAGCGUCUAGCGUCAGACUGAAAAGGCAGCUUUAGUCGACGAUUGAUCCCGCCCCGUGAUCCCGUCAAAAAGAAAUACAGCCAAAGCUGCGGCGGAUUAAUCAGUGUUAAAACAAAACAGUCAUUUACGGUGAUAACCAAAGUAUAGAAGUGAUGGGGAAGCUGGGUCCGCGUUUGAACAGUCGAAAAAAAGCGAAACGCUGGGUAAAGGGACAGAGUUCGAGUUCCAAUCCAGAAACGAAAAAACAUCGUGAUCAAGCACGAUCAAGAUUUUUUCAAGAGAAUAUCGGCUCCAAGGGACUGACCACACAAGCUCUGCGUCAACAUGACGCUAUUCAGGGUACCGCACCAGAAAAAAUUGAAGUCGACGAUGAGCAAGGAACGGUGGGAGCAAGCACGUUUAAAACGUUUGACACAUUUGCCAGCGACUACAGCAACUGUUCCAAUAUGUCGUUCAGCAGAUUUCUAAAUCACUUUCAGUCUACGUCUAUCAUACACAAGGAAAUGUUGGCUAUACUUGCAGCAGUCACCGAUGUCAUCAAACAAAAUGGUGGAACCGAAUCUACCACCGAGUAUUAUGCUGCACUGAUGACAACGCUAAAAACUGCAGAAACUGAGGAGUCCGUAGCAGCUAUACUUUCUCUGUUGGGAAUGGGUCUUAAGACCAUACCAAAAAAUGUCCUCAAGCUUCAGUUCAGUGAAGCAAGCAAGACAUUCUUUCAAGUACUUACGAAGUAUGCUGCCAGUGAAAAUUUUCUGAUUCUACGUCACUCGAUUGGAUGCUUGUCCUUUUUGCUCAGAGCUCAGGAAGCGGCAGUGUGGUCGAACGCCUCGACUCAGCAUGUUCUCGACGGUAUAUUAACGUUUACCGUGCACGCAAAACCAAAAGUUCGUAAAGCAGCCCAACACGCUGUGUGCGCAAUCCUCAAAGGAAGCGAUAUAAUGAGAGCCGACGAUGCCCCGGCUUAUCAUCCAGCUGCGACCCAAAUAGCUAAGCACUGUCUUGCACAACUGGAAAAUAGCGGACAGCCUGGCAGCCUCACAACGACACUCCACGUCCUCACGUUACUCAAGGACAUCGCUCAUCAGUUACCAAAAACUCACGUUAAAUCGGUGUGCGAAGCUCUUCUUCGGAUAAUGACUCUCAACAAUGUUCUCGUCACGUCAUGCUGUUUACAAACUCUACACAGCUUGUUCGUGUCUCGACCACUGGAAGCUGUACUUCCAUCACAAUUAAACGCACAGAUCAUCAAUGCGUUGUACGAUUAUCAACCAGCACCGGGCGAUACUCAACCGACUUUAGCUUGGCUUGCUGUCAUGCAAGAAGCGCACUGCAAUCUCGUGGCAUACGACGUGCAUCUGUGUGCCGCUAAUAUUCCCCGGAUGAUCGAGAAAUCAACGGAGCUGUGGCUAUCAGACAAGAGCGAAGUACUGACCGCUGCAUCCCACACAAUGAAAACUCUCUUGCAAGUUUGCGUAGCACCGCUUUGCGCGACGAGAGAGUUAGCCAAAAAAUAUAAGACAACAUUGUCCAAGAUAUUUCAACUCGUACAAUCCGGAAUGAAAUAUCGUUACAACGGUGCAUGGCACCACGUUUUACACCUGCAGGCCGUACUUUUCCAAGUAGCUGGUAAAACGUGCAGAGACGAAUUGUCCAUGACUCUCGUCGAGCUCGCUGACCUGCGAGAUUCUCACAAAUUCACGUACAACGCGGAGGUCGAGUACGCCGUUGGUGCUGCAGUGAAGUCCAUGGGUCCGGAGGUUGUUCUGAGGAAAAUACCGCUGCAAGGAAACGAGGAAAUAAUAGAUUUGAAACGCAGUUGGCUCUUGCCGGUGCUGAAAGAUUGUACGAGCCAAGCCUCAAUCGGAUAUUUCUUGGAGUUUCUCUUCCCGAUGGCGGCAAAGUGCGAGAAAAAAAGUGCCGAAUUGAAGACGAAGAACGAUGGAAUCGGGGCUCACAGUUACGAAUUACUCUACUCACAGAUAUGGGCUUUGCUUCCGAGCUUUUGCAACAACGCGAGCGACGUUCAAGACAAUUUCAAGAAUAUCGCUAAAAUUUUGGGGGUGGCGAUCAGCUCGAAGAAAGAUUUGAGAAUAUCGGUCAUGGCUGCGCUGCGUAAAUUAAUAACUCGGUCGACCGAAGCCGGCAAAACCACAGACACUGAAGAAUUGGCGCGUUUCGCCAAAAAUUAUCUUCCCCUUUUGUUCAAUCUUUACACCACAAAACCAAACGGUUCCGACGAGGAGGGACAGCGUCUCGCAGCCUUCGACACGAUAAAAGUUUAUUUGCCGAUAACCAGCAAAGAAUUGAUCGGUGAAUUGUUCGAUCGAGCUUUAGCACGACUGGAUGAAACGGACAACGACGAUUUUACCCGACAGAGCAUUUUCGAUCUGAUUCGCGUCUUGACCCAAUAUACAGAUACAGAAAGGAUUCAAGCGCUUUAUGACAAAUCUGCGCCAAUUUUAAUGGACAACAAACAUCAAAAAGAACAGAAAAAGGCUUACAGGUUUUUGGAAGAGAUUUGUGCCAAUCAGAGCCAAAUUUGCCGUGAUUUUGUCAUCGAAAAUCGUCGGGCAAUCCAAAAACUAUUGACCAACUCCGCCUCGAUGGCUAUCCCUUCGAGCAAGGCCGCUCGAUUGCGUUGCAUCAAUCACCUCAUCGAGACACAUCCACAAAUAGAAAAAACCAAGUUCUUGCGCUCUAUUGUGCCCGAGGUCAUUCUAUGUAUUAAGGAAAUUAACGAAAAAUGUCGAAAUUAUGCUUACCAAUUGUUGAACACACUCGCCGAUAAACUGCUGAAAAAUCCGGAAGAUUUUGGCGAAUACAUAGAAAUGCUCGUUGCCGGUCUCGGUGGAUCGCCCAGUUAUUGCAGCGCGACUCUCCUCGCUUUGGCUUCUCUGACUUACAGGUACAACGGUGCCAUCGGAGUCGCAACGGUGCAUCAAGUUCUCCAGCACGCGUGUUCCCUUUUGACUGGACCGACCAGGGAAAUCGCUCUCUCGGCUCUCAGUUUCAUCAAAGUUUAUUUGUCCGCGUUUCCAACGACCGUCAUCGGUCCAAAUUUGCCACAAAUAGUGCAAGCCCUUUGCGGUAUGACCGACGACUGCAAAAGGCACUUCAGGCAAAAAGUUCGUGACAUACUGGUCAAGCUAGUGAGAAAAUACAGCACCGAAGUGAUCGCCGGAUUAAUACCAGCCUCCGAUGAGACGAUGCACAAGAGGCUUAAGAAUAUUCGUAAAAUCGAAACGAGAAAGCAAAAAUCCAAGGAGGAGCGAGGAUCCAAAAACGAAGAAUCGAGCGACGAAGAAUUCAGCGUUAAGAGGAGACCUAAAAGCGUCGAAGAAAUUUUGGCUGAUAGCGACGAAGAGUUCGAGGACACCGAACAAACACAAGAUUCUGGAAAGAAGCACAAAAAAUCGAACAAAAAACAAACUUGGAUUCAAGAAGCUGGCGAUAAUAUCGUUGACUUGGUGGAUCCCACAGCUGCGAGAAACAUCACAGCCACUAAGCCCGGCCAAGGAACUGCAAAAAAACAACAAGCGAAGGCGAAAGAUUUUGGUUUCAAAACUGCCGGUGAUGGUCGUCUUAUUAUCAAAGACGAAAGCGAUGACGACGAUAGUGACGGAGACACCAAAAAGAAGAAAAAGAAAUUGCCAUUCCUCGGCAGCGAUUCUGACGACGACAUGAAUGACGAGGACGAUGCUAAGUCGACCGUAUCUGCAAAACCGGGACAGAGAAAGCGGAAACUGAGCGGAAGCACAGAUGCAGCCAGUACAAAAGCCCCAUCCAAAUAUCGAGCUGGAGGCACCGGUAUCCAUCGACCUGUUAAAGCACCCAAAACCAAUGAGGAUUUCGGCGCCGACUAUCGAUCGCGGAAGGCCAAAGGCGAUGUCAAGAAAAAGGGCAAACCAGAUCCGUUCGCAUAUGUGCCUUUAACUCGAGCUGCUCUCAAUAAAAGGAAAAAGAUGAAGAGCGCUGGUAGAUUCAAAAACAUUAUAUCUGGAGCGAAGAAAGGAGCUCGUAUCGGUAGCAAAGGAAAGCGAAAAUUAUAUUAGAUAUUAAAUAAGAUUAUAACAAUUAAUUUAAAUUAAAAUAAAAAAGAAAUGUUUUUUUUCUCACGUUA